UAAUUGGUUGUUCAUUCGUUAUCAAGAUAUUGAAGUGAUUGUAGAGACCAAAUCACGACUAAUGAUGACCGAGAAUGGGGAAUUGUUGGUGGAAAAAGCCCCCGUGGACGCUUCAUUGGAUGAAUCCAGAAAUCGGAAUCAAAACGAGCAAAACAGCUUCUCAAACAGAAGUCGAUCUGCUAAUAUUAAAGAAAUACUUGUGAAUCGCGUGCCAUUUCCGUUGAUUAUUGACGCUAUUUUGGUAUUAACCGUGUUGAUUAUAUUUCUCGUCUUGCACGAAGAUCUGGUCAUGUAUCCCCAAGUUAAAGUAGGAUUUUAUUGUCAAGACCCGGCUCUAUCGAAAAGCCACAACAGUAGUACCAUUGCAGUCAAACACCUGAUGGUUUCGACGUUCGUACUCAUUCCCGUCUUUACCAUUGCGGUGACGGAGUUCUUCAAAAACGUCUCAUGGAAACAGAAAAUUAGAAAUUUCUGUUACCUCUAUACGGUAUCCGUAACUACGGCGAUGAUGUUGUUUAUAAUCAACAAAUUCACAAAGUUUAUGUUCAGUGAGCACAGACCUGACUUUUUCGCAGUAUGCAGACCAGAUACAAAUGAAAAUUGCACGGCUGGCACCUACGUUGAAUCGUUCGUUUGUUUAAAUAAAGACAAAUUUCCAAGGAUUGUCGCUAAUGAGAUAUCGAAAAGUUUUCCUUCUACUCACGCGACGUUGUCAGUGUUCGUCACUAUUUAUUGCAGUUACAUUGUACAAGGGGUGCCGUCCAGUAAAACGGGCUUUCUGGUUAAGCACUUGUUCAGUGUGGCAUUGUUUAUGUGGAGCAUCGCAAAUUCGGUGACGAGAAUAACCGACGGCCGCCAUUUUUGGUGGGAUGUCGUAGUCGGUGUUCUCUUAGGUGCGUUCGCUGCGUGGUACGUUCUAAGGACCACGAGCCUAAAAAUCAUGGAACGUGUCUAUUGCGGAAAACAAUGCGAGACAAUUCGAAAAAUGUAUUAGAGUGGAGUAAAAGUUGUUUGUAAUUUGGCUGUGUAAAUAAAUAGAU